AUGGACGAUAAACUCCACAAAGCUCGCCGGGCGCGUGUACGAACGAUCAUUCGCACCACCGUGAAAAUUCUGUACCCACUCAGAUACCUGCUACUGAUCAUUACUACAGUGAUCCUAGUGCUACUGUUUCGUCAGCAAAAGCAGCAAAUAUUCGAUCGUGGAUUUGGCCAUUUCGGAGAGCACUUUAAAGAUGUGCGGUACAGAAACCGUGUGGUAGAGAAAAUUGAUUACCAUAACUAUGAACAGAUACAAAAUGAUUUGAACCGUGUCGGUCCCGGUGAGCAGGGCAAAGCGGCCACUCUCAGCCCAGAAGAAAGUGACAGCGAGCGACGCAAAGAGCUUUAUUAUAAGAAUGGAUUUAACGCUCUGCUCAGUGAUAAGAUCAGCAUUAAUCGAUCGAUAGCCGACCUAAGACACCCAGGCUGCAAACUAAAAUCAUACCUGAGCCAACUACCAGUAGCAAGUGUUGUGGUGCCUUUCUAUGAAGAACACUGGAGUACCUUGCUCCGAACCGUAUACAGUGUGCUUAACAGAGCGCCACCGCAUCUGUUAAAAGAAGUCAUCAUCGUGGACGAUGGGAGCACAAAGGAGUUCCUGCAUGAAAAGCUCGAAGACUAUGUAAGACGAAAUCUUCCAAAAGUGAAACUGAUUCGACAACCGGAACGUACCGGGCUGAUCAAGGCACGCCUUGCCGGCGCUAAAGUUGCCACUGGCGAUGUACUAGUGUUUCUAGACUCUCACACCGAGGCCGGAUACAAUUGGUUACCUCCGCUGCUGGAGCCAAUUGCUGAGAACCCCAAAACAUGUGUCUGCCCUUUGAUCGAUGUCAUCAACGAUCAGACGUUUGACUUGCAUCCCCAGGAUGAGGGUGGCCGAGGACUUUUCGACUGGACGUUCCACUACAAACGCAUUGUGAUUAAGAAUGAAGACAGAAUUUCUCCGACGGAACCGUUUCCCAGUCCCGUUAUGGCCGGUGGACUGUUUGCGAUAGCGGCCGAUUUCUUCUGGGAGCUCGGGGGCUACGACGAAGAGCUUGACAUAUGGGGUGCGGAGCAGUACGAGAUAAGUUUUAAAAUCUGGCAAUGCGGAGGGCGUAUGUUGGACACACCUUGCUCCAGGUUUGGUCAUAUAUAUCGCACCUACAGCCCAUUUCCAAACUCUAGAAAUUAUGACUUUAUCACAAGAAACCACAAGCGUGUGGCCGAAAUAUGGAUGGAUGAGUACAAGCAGUACAUUUACGAUCGUGACCCGGACCGUUACGCCAAAGCAGACGCAGGAGAUAUGAGUAAAAUGAAAGCGAUACGAGAAAAGCUCAACUGCAAACCAUUCAAAUGGUUCCUGCAGGAGGUGGCUCCGGAAAUCAUUGAGCUUUACCCUCCCGUCGAGCCUGAACCAUUUGCUUCCGGUUCUAUUCAGAAUGUUGCCGAUCCUAGCCUGUGCAUCGAUACUAUGCAACGAGGCCGUGGUAAGCCCGUCGGAUUAUAUCCUUGUUCUGACAAUCUGGCAACACCAACGAAUCACAAUCAGUACUUUGUACAUAGCUGGCACCGGGAUAUACAGCUCAAGUAUGGCGAAGAAUGUUUUGAUGUUCCGGAUAAUAAGCCCCGUUCAAUGGUCACCGUAUUCACCUGCCAUUACAUCAACUACUCUAAAACUUUACCACAGACAAGCAUUAUCGUGCCAUUUUACGACGAACACUGGACAACACUACUGCGUACCGUGUACAGUAUCAUACAACGGACACCACCAGCUUUGCUCAAAGAGAUCAUUCUUGUCGACGAUGGCAGCGUGAAGCAGUUUCUCAAGAAACGUCUGGAUGAUUACGUAGCAAAACAUCUGAAGCACUUGGUGCGGGUCAUUCAUCACCCAGAACGAAGCGGUCUCAUCACGGCCCGACUAACGGGAGCGAAAGUUGCCACAGGAGAGGUUUUGUUGUUCCUGGAUUCGCACGUCGAGGCAGGAAUCAACUGGCUUCCACCUUUGCUAGAGCCUAUCGCUCAAAAUUAUCGUACGUGCGUUUGUCCCUUCAUAGAUGUUAUUAAAGACGAUACGUUCGCGCUUGUGGCACAGGAUGAAGGUGCUCGCGGUGCUUUCGAUUGGAACAUGCUGUACAAACGGUUGCCUCUAAGGCCGCAAGAUUUGGCUAAUCCGACACAACCUUUUCCCAGUCCAGUGAUGGCAGGAGGGCUGUUUGCUAUAAGUGCUCAAUUUUUCUGGGAGCUGGGAGGAUAUGACGAAAAGCUCGAAAUAUGGGGAGCGGAACAGUAUGAAUUAAGCUUCAAAAUAUGGAUGUGUGGUGGUCGCAUGCUCGAUGCUCCCUGCUCUAGGGUUGGCCACAUUUAUCGCAGCUACUCUCCAUUCCCUAAUGCCAAAACGUAUAACUACGUGGCCAAAAAUCAUAAACGCGUUGCAGAAGUGUGGAUGGAUGAGUAUAAACGGUAUGUUUAUGCUAGGGAUCCUGUUAAAUACGCUAUUGAUGCUGGAGAUCUUUCCACGAUGAAGCAACUGCGCAAAAAGCUCAACUGUAAACCCUUUCGGUGGUUCAUGACGGAAGUAGCUCCAGAUUUGGUUGACCAUUAUCCUCCGGUAGAGCCGGAAGAUUUUGCCUCCGGUGCUAUACAAAACGUAGCUUACGAGAACCUUUGCCUGGAGGAAGAUUAUGGUUCUACUGAAAAGCGCAUUGUCUUAUCGUUGUGUGUCAAGAAUAAAUCACUCCCCGAACGUUCUGAGCAGCACUUUAGGAUGACAUGGCGGCGCGAUAUCAAAGCAGUGCGUUCUUCUAACUGUGCUGAUGUUUUCAAUCAUUCCGUUGGAGCCGGAUUGCAAAUUUUCCCAUGCCACAACCAACAGGGUAAUCAGAUGUUCCGGUAUGACGUGGACACCAAACAAAUUAUUGUCGGUAAAAACAAGCAGUUUUGUUUCGAAGCCGAUGGGAAAAAUCGCAGGCUUUUCCUUAACCACUGUAGUAGUACAUCAGAAUCUCAACGAUGGCGCAUCGGUCAAAUGAACAUGGAACGUCUCAAGAACUGGACGAAAUAUGGCGCUAAAUUUCACGACUAA